GAAAGGGUUGUUGUUGUUUAUUUUGUUUUUUUAAACAAUUACAUGCAUGUUUUUAAACUGCUCCAGACACUAUUCGUGCAUAUUGUCAUAAAUAUGGCGAAUGAGCGAACGAUCGGUUACAUAUGUAAUAGCUGAAUUUUUGUUCAUGUGUUUGUGUUUGAAAGAGAUAAACACAGAGGGAGGAGGGUUGAUGCAUGUUUGUUUAAGCAGGAACCACAUGACCAUCUUGCUCGUAAUGUGUUGUGUUUCUCUAAUGGCAGUCAGCCAUCUCGGCUCAGCUCAACAACCUUGCAAAUUAGGGAUUAAUCAUUCCGUACAGUGUUAACUGAAGCUUUCCACGAGAUCUGACGACGUUAUAAGCGCCAGCAAUGCCAGAGCCAGCAGAAAUGAAUGGGACUGACAUAGGAAAGAUGCCGGGUGAUGGAGUUUCAGGUAGUGAGGGAAAGGACCCAGUAGCCAAUGGGCAUGCAGAGAAUGAGUCAAACCCCUUUGCAGAGUACAUGUGGAUGGAGAACGAGGAGGAAUACAAUCAGCAGGUGGAGGAGGAAUUGCUUGAGCAAGAGUUUUUGGAGCGCUGUUUCCAAGAGAUGUUGGAUGAGGAGGAUCAGGAUUGGUUCAUUCCAGAGAGGGACCUCCCCUCAGUCGGACAGAUUCAGCAACAGCUCAAUGGACUUUCUGUCAACGAUGGCAAUGCAGAGGAAAUCUUGCGAAAGAGCAUCUUAAACCCUGAAGCCAAGGAGUUUGUGCCGGGGAUGAAAUACUAGGGAUCAUCAUUGUCCUUCUCACAUCUGUCACACAUCUGAUCAUAUAUGCAGAGACUGUUGUGCCCAUGUUUAGAAUGGUCACAUAAAUGCGCUCUUCUACACAUUUUCGAAGGGUCAGGAAUACGGAAUUUAUUUAUUUUUGGAUGGGUGGGAGGUGGGAUUGAUUAUCUAUAGCUUUAUAUUUCUGUUAUGUAUAAACCAAGGGUAUUAAGUUGAAACAUGACCUCUAGGAGGUGCUGUGACUUGCUAAUAUCAUAUUCAUUACCAGGCUGUUUUAUUUUCCUCUACCCUUGCUGAAAGGGCUGUUCUUGUCAGUUUUCAUUGUUUCACAGUUUGUGCCUGAUCAGGUCUUUGCUUUCCCUCCCGUUGUUGAGGUUUUUUUUUUUCUUUCCUUUUGGUUAUUGAUCUUUUGUAGAGGAAAGUUUUGAUGCAUCUGUUCACGUUCCUGUGUUUCAAGGGGUGUGGCCAUAAAUGACUGGGGGUGUGGCUGGUGGUGGGUGAACCCCUUGGUUUGGGUUGGAUGCUGAGAAAAGGGUGUUGGGGAAUUCAUGUGAAUUCAACUUUUGAUUUUGAAUUGAAUUCGUUAAACGCAGGACUGAAUUUCAUUUAAAAAAUGGAAGAAUGGCAAAUAAAGAAGAAAAGUUUCUACUCAAA